AUGAUAUUAUUCUUUGCCUUUUUAUCAAAAUUGUUCUUGAAUGCACAAUGUGAUAAUCCUCUUGGUAAAUGUUCUGUAGGAAACCCGCCUCUUAUUAAGCACAAACAAUAUCGUUCAGAAGAUUUGGUCAUUGCUGGCAUUUCUUCUCAAGUUUACAUGAUGUCUGAAAAAGUGACCUUCACCACAAAUCCCUCAAAUGAACUGGUUGAUGAUUUCAUCUAUGUCCUCGCAAGGUGGAUCUAUCUGGCUACCUUGGAGCUUCUCUCUACAAAGGGACGGUUCACCCCAAACUACAAGUGUGAUGUCAAGGACAAUGUAAUAUCUGUCAUCGCAGGACAUAAUGCUUACAUUGGUCAGUUCAUGUCAAAUAUUCUGAGCAUUUACAAGAUCCUACAGCUCAUAUAUGGUUCUGCUGCAGAGAUGGAUGACAACAUACCAGCUGCUUUGAUCUAUCAGUUAUUUCCCAAUGAAGACUUUCAAAUUAUGGGGAUCAUCCAAUUGUUGCUUCACUUCCAGUGGAAAUGGAUUGGGCUUAUUGUCUCAAAUCCUGAAAAGGGAAAGAGCUUUAUACAGAAUAAGCUUGAUAUUUUUUCUAAGAAAGGCAUCUGCUUUGACUUUGUGGAAGAAAUGCCAAAAGAAUCUGUUGCCACUGAUCUUGAGGUUCAAUUUCAUGGCUAUGUUACGCUGUGCAAGGUUAUCAUGAGAAGUACUGCCAAUGUGGUGAUCAUAUAUUGUGAAAAUGAGGACAUACCUGUUUUUAGAAUGUUUCCCUAUAUUUCAGCAUAUGAGGGCAUGCCAAUGGAGAGAAAAGAUAAAGUUUGGGUAAUGCCAGCACAGAUGGAAUUCACAUCAAUCCCCUUUCAAAGAGAUACAGGUCUGGACUUCAUCCAUGGUGCACUAUCAUUGGCAGUUUCCUCAAAGGAAAUAUUAGGAUUUAAGAAAUUUAUUCAGAUGAGAAAACCUUUUUCUGAAGAAGACAGUUUGACAAGACUGUUUUGGGAAAAUGCAUUUGAAUGUUCUUUCCCAAAUAUUAUGUUGGAUGAGGAUAGAGGCAAUGAAUGCACUGGCGAGGAGGCAUUGGAGACCCUUCCUGGAUCUGUUUUUGAAACAAGUAUGACUGGGCAAAGUUAUAGCAUUUACAAUGCUGUCUAUGCUGUGGCCCAUGCUCUGCAUGCCAUGCUUUCCUCCAAACCUAAACCCAGAGAAAGAGGAAAAGCUUGGGAACUCCGGACUCUAAAUCAAGAGUCGUGGCAGUUCCCUUGGUAUCUGAAAGCUGUUUCAUUUAACAACAGUGCUGGAGAAAUGGUUUCCUUUGAUGAAAGAGGAGAACUAGCAACUGGAUUUGAUGUUAUCAACUGGGUCACCUUCCCCAACCAAUCGUUUCAUCAAAUCAAAAUUGGAAGCAUAGCUCUAAUGGCUCCCCGAAACAAACUUCUCACUGUUUCUGCAGAGAAAAUAAUCUGGCCAACCAUGUUUAACCAGAUGUUCCCCCUUUCGGUUUGCAAUGACAAUUGCUUUCCAGGUUAUAGCAAGAUAAAAGUAGAAGGGAAGCCAUUUUGCUGUUAUGAUUGCCUUCGUUGUCCCAAAGGGAAGAUUGCAAACCAAACAGAUGCAGAUGAGUGUCUUCACUGUUCCGAAGAUCAAUUUCCAAGCCAGGCUCAAAAUCUUUGCAUUCAAAGAGAAAUAAUAUUCUUGUCUUACAGUGAGCCAGUGGGAAUCACCUUGGUCACUGUGAAUCUCUCCUUUUCAUUUAUCACAGCUUUGAUCCUGGGAAUCUUCAUUAAGCAACGAGACACCCCUAUUGUCAAAGCUAACAACAGGAAUCUUGCCUACAUUCUUCUUAUUGGUCUCUUGCUCUCUUUCCUUUGCACAUUGCUCUUCAUUGGGCAACCUGACCAAGUGAAAUGUCUCUUGCGACAAGCUACUUUUGGCAUCCUCUUGUCUGUAGCUCUUUCUUGCAUAUUGGGGAAAACGAUUGUAGUGAUUCUUGCUUUCAUGGCCACCAAGCCAGGUUCAAAAAUGAGGAAAUGGCUAGGGAAAUGGCUAGCCAACACUAUUGUUUUGUCUUGCUCUGCGGUGCAAAUUACCAUUUGUAGUGUGUGGAUGGCAAUUUCUCCCCCGUUCCCAGAUUCAGACAUGCAUUCCAUGACUGAAGAAAUUGUCCUAGAAUGUAAUGAAGGUUCAGCCAUCAUGUUUUACCUUGUCCUUGGCUUCAUGGGGUUCUUGGCGUCUACCAGCUUCACGGUGGCAUUUCUAGCCAGGAAGUUACCUGACAGUUUUAAUGAAGCCAAAUUUAUCACCUUCAGCAUGUUGGUCUUUUGUAGUGUCUGGAUAUCAUUUGUUCCAACCUAUCUGAGUACAAAGGGAAAGUACAUGGUCGCUGUGGAGAUCUUCUCCAUUUUGGCUUCAGCAGCUGGAUUGCUGAGCUGCAUUUUUUUCCCCAAAUGCUAUGUCAUUCUACUGAGACCAGAUUUGAACAAAAAGGAACAAUUAAUAAAAAGAAACAAGUGA